UCCAACCUUUGUUCUUAGGGAGGGGGAGGGUGAGUUGUUAUUGUAAUCGUAGCGGUCUUGCUUUGCAACAUGGCAUCGAAAAGAGCUCUGCAUUUUGUGUUUAAAGUGGCCAACCGAACCGAGACUGCAAAGUUUUACCGUGAAAUUCUAGGAAUGAAGGUGCUCCGCCACGAAGAGUUUGAGAAAGGAUGCGAUGCUGCUUGCAACGGUCCUUACGAUGGUAAGUGGAGCAAGACCAUGAUUGGAUACGGGCCAGAGGAUGAUCAUUUUGUUGUUGAACUCACAUACAAUUAUGGAAUCAAGGAAUACAAAGUGGGCAAUGACUUUCAGGGAUUAACUCUGCACUCCAAAGAUGUAGUAUCCAGAGCUAAGGAGCAUAACUACAGCAUGGAACAAGGCACCAAUGGACAUUACACUGUUCACUCACCAGGGGGGUACAAGUUCCAUCUAGCUGAUGAGGAAGCCAGUGGGGAUCCAGUAAAGAAGGUCUCCCUUGGAGUUUCCAACCUGUCAAAGUCACUAGAAUAUUGGAACAAGCUGCUUGGCAUGCAGGUUUUCAGUCAGACGGACACCACAGCCAUUCUUGGUUAUGAUGCCAAGCAAUGCAAGCUAGAGCUAGUCCAGGUUGGACAAGUAGAUCACGGCACAGCAUUUGGCAGGAUAGCAUUCUCAUGCCCCAAGGAUGACCUACCAGGAAUUGAAAGUGAAUCCCGUGCUGCUGGUCACACUAUCUUAACACCCCUCAUCAGCCUGGACACGCCUGGCAAGGCCACGGUGCAUGUCGUCAUACUGGCUGACCCAGAUGGACAUGAGAUCUGUUUUGUUGGUGAUGAAGCAUUCAGGAAACUAUCUCACGUAGAUCCGGAGGGUGAUAGGUUGCUUUCAGAGGCAAUUGCAGCUGAUAAAAGUGAUGAAUAUUUUGCCAAGAAAAAGAACAGAGCAACAAAACAAUAACCCAGAUAAAUAUUUCUUGUCGUCAUACAUAAUGUUUCUAGAUUAAAAGUUUUUAGUAUGUAUUUGAAUUCUCAUAACAGACAUGACAUACAUUGCCAGCCAAUGAAAUAAGAAGAAAGCUUGGUAGGAUUAAGCCUGCGAGCCAGCUCUCCUGUGUUGUUUCGUUAUUCAGGAUCCCCGUGGCGCAAAAAAAUCAAGAGUGGGGGGAGGGGGAAAGGAAUCCUGACACCCCAAAACAGAAAUUUCCAUAUUUACCCACUGGAGAGCCGGCUAGCAGACUAUACAGCACAUUGCUUGUUUGACAAAACUACUAUAGUGAAGACAAGAAAACCACAAAACAAUGUUUAUGUACCUAAUACCUUCAACAAUUUCUGAAUAAACAAAUAUCCAAAAUUCA